AUGGAGGUAAAGUCUAAUUAUGGUCAAACAAGACCUCAAUUAGAAAAUGAAAACCUUUUAGCACGUUUGCAAACGGAACUGAAGAACAUCAUAUUUCGAGUCUUCUUUUUGAUGCUUAAAGAUGAAGAGUAAUCCAUUACUGUUGCUGCUUUACUAUAAACUAUUAUGUUCUUACAGUACUUGUCCUUCAUAUUUCAUCGAUAAUUGUAUUUAGUUUGGAAAAACGAAAGAGUCUCCUACUAAUUAUACAAACUAUUUGGUUACUUUAUGUUGACUCCUUACUUUGAAAUGUUGGAGUUUUCUAGUUUUGCUUCAAUGAUGUAUGCAUUAAUUGGAAUUAUACUAAUUGCUAUUAUGAUAUUGUUGUUAGUAGGUUAUAGUAAUACAACCAAGUUAAAUACAGCAGUAUCAUGGCCAGUUUUUGUAUUAAAAUAGUUAUUAACACUGUUCUCAACAAUAUUAUACCUUCCUACACUUAAUCUCUUUUUCGAAAUGGUAAAUUGUAAGGAAAAUAAUCAUAAUAUUUUUGUACUUUAGGUAUUUGAUUAGGAAUGUUGGAAGGGAGCACAUAUCGUACAUGGAAUUGUUGCAAUUUUAGGAAUUCUGAUUUUCGUAAUUUUCACUGCACUUUUUAACUUGUUAUAUUUUGAAGCAAGACCAAAAAUAAAGGACUUAUUGUCUAAAUAAUCAGGUAGAGCAAAAACUUUUGUGUACUUCUAUUUAUUAGCCAUAUAGAUGUCAAUUGUUAUUUUUGAUCCUAAAGAUGAAGCUUAUAUAAUAAUCUAUAUCAUACUUGUGGGAGCUUUCAUUUCUUUCUAUAAAUUGCAUAUUGAAUAACCAUAUAAUAAUUAUUUGAUGUAGAAAGUUGUUUCAAUAUAUUCUACAUUAAUUUUUUGGAGUGCUUUGCUUCUUUGUUUCUCAAACUAUUUAGAAGACAAUAUAUUUCAUGGUACUAUUUAUGCCUGGUUAGUUGGCUUACCCCUUAUGGCAUUUGCAGUAUUUAAAAAGCAAAAAUAUCAUUAUGAUUUAUUACUUAUGAAUAUCUAAAAAGUUGAAGAUCCAAAUCAAAUUAUUAAACUCAUUAAUUAUAUUUAAACACUUUUAACAGGCUACUAAUAUAAUUAACAAUUUAAUAUAAUGCUCAACGCACUUAUUGAAGUACAUAAAAAUACAUGUUAAAUUGAAGAAUGUGUAUUUAAAAAUAAAAAAUAAAUUAAUUUAAGAAUAAAUUUAUAAAAAGAUGAAAAUAUAUCUUAAAGAGAUCAUAAUAUAUAUCUUUUAUUAGGAGAAAUUUAUACAAGAAUGCUGAGAAAGCAUUAGACGCAUGUAAGAUUACGAAUUAAUUAUGCAUUCUAUUUAUUAGAUUACUUAAAAUAGAGAUAAUAAGCAUUAAAUGAAUUAAUAUAAUCAGAAACAUUAUGUCCUAGUUUAGAUAAUGAAUUUAUAAUAUUUAGAUAUAAAAAAUUAAUUGAAGAUGAAAUGAAUUAAGUAUAAAAUGAAAAUUUAGGUAAUUUAGAUGUUGCAACAGAAUUAGCAUUUUAAAAUCAUAUGAGAUCAUUUUAAAAUAAAAUUGAAAGAGCUACUCUAAUGCAUAUGGAUUUUUGGUCAUAAUUAUAAGAAGAUUCACCUGAUUUAGGUAAAAUGAAUGAUAUUGGUGCAAAAAUUAAUUUAGCAAUUAUUUAAGUUGAAGAAUUAUGGAAUAAAAUGUAAAAAAUGACUUAAAAUCUACCUAAAGCUAUGAGAUUAUAUGCUAAAUUUAUUUAAGAAGUAUUAUAAGAUAAAGAUUAUGGAGAAGAAUUAUUAGAAAAAGCAAAAUUUUUAUAAAUUUAAAAUGGUAAAAUGAAAAAUAAAUCUUAAAUUUACAUUUUUAAUGUUGAAGAUAUCAAUUUUGAAUCGCUUCCAACUUUGAUUGUAUCAGUACAAAAUGAUAAAUUUGCUUAGAUAAGCAACUUAAAUCUGAGUGCAUGUAACUUAUUAGGGUAUCAUAAAACUGAACUAAUAAAUAGAAGAGUUAAUAUGGUUAUUCCAACACUUUAUGCUAAGUUUCAUGAUUAAUAUAUUGAUAAUUUUUUUGAGAAAAAUGAUGCUGCUAGAAUAUAAAAAGAGAAAUUUGUUUAUUUAAAAUUAAAAUCAGGAUAUAUUCAGCCAUGUUAUUUAUAAUUAAAAAUGUUGUAAUCUGCUGAGGAGAAUAGUUAAUUAGUUGUUUAAUUCAGAACUUUACGUAAUUUUAAAAGUGCUUGUUAUAUAAUUUUAGAUGCUGAUGAGUCUAUUGAAAGCUUAUCUUCAUCUUGUAUUUGUAAUAUUUUUAUAGAUCAUAAAAUGAUUAGUCAUAAAAAGAUAUUUAUUUAAGAGAUCUUCCCUAAUUAUAAUAGGAAUGAUUAUAUUAAUAAAACUGGUUGUAAAAUAAUUUUAAAUUUAUAGACUUCUCUAAUUUAAAAUUCUAAUUACUUACAAUAUUAUNUACUUAAAAUAGAGAUAAUAAGCAUUAAAUGAAUUAAUAUAAUCAGAAACAUUAUGUCCUAGUUUAGAUAAUGAAUUUAUAAUAUUUAGAUAUAAAAAAUUAAUUGAAGAUGAAAUGAAUUAAGUAUAAAAUGAAAAUUUAGGUAAUUUAGAUGUUGCAACAGAAUUAGCAUUUUAAAAUCAUAUGAGAUCAUUUUAAAAUAAAAUUGAAAGAGCUACUCUAAUGCAUAUGGAUUUUUGGUCAUAAUUAUAAGAAGAUUCACCUGAUUUAGGUAAAAUGAAUGAUAUUGGUGCAAAAAUUAAUUUAGCAAUUAUUUAAGUUGAAGAAUUAUGGAAUAAAAUGUAAAAAAUGACUUAAAAUCUACCUAAAGCUAUGAGAUUAUAUGCUAAAUUUAUUUAAGAAGUAUUAUAAGAUAAAGAUUAUGGAGAAGAAUUAUUAGAAAAAGCAAAAUUUUUAUAAAUUUAAAAUGGUAAAAUGAAAAAUAAAUCUUAAAUUUACAUUUUUAAUGUUGAAGAUAUCAAUUUUGAAUCGCUUCCAACUUUGAUUGUAUCAGUACAAAAUGAUAAAUUUGCUUAGAUAAGCAACUUAAAUCUGAGUGCAUGUAACUUAUUAGGGUAUCAUAAAACUGAACUAAUAAAUAGAAGAGUUAAUAUGGUUAUUCCAACACUUUAUGCUAAGUUUCAUGAUUAAUAUAUUGAUAAUUUUUUUGAGAAAAAUGAUGCUGCUAGAAUAUAAAAAGAGAAAUUUGUUUAUUUAAAAUUAAAAUCAGGAUAUAUUCAGCCAUGUUAUUUAUAAUUAAAAAUGUUGUAAUCUGCUGAGGAGAAUAGUUAAUUAGUUGUUUAAUUCAGAACUUUACGUAAUUUUAAAAGUGCUUGUUAUAUAAUUUUAGAUGCUGAUGAGUCUAUUGAAAGCUUAUCUUCAUCUUGUAUUUGUAAUAUUUUUAUAGAUCAUAAAAUGAUUAGUCAUAAAAAGAUAUUUAUUUAAGAGAUCUUCCCUAAUUAUAAUAGGAAUGAUUAUAUUAAUAAAACUGGUUGUAAAAUAAUUUUAAAUUUAUAGACUUCUCUAAUUUAAAAUUCUAAUUACUUACAAUAUUAUAUUAAUGAUCUAGAUGAUUAAACAUAAAUAGAGUUUUAAAUUCAGGUUAUAGAAAUUGAAAAUGAAAAAAUGGGAUAAAUCUAUGGUUAUGUUAUAAAGUUAGAAAAAAUAGUUGACAUUUAAAGUUAAUAAUUUACUCCAGAAUUGUUGUAAUAAUUAGUAAUUCCAAAUUAAAGUAGUAGUAGUUUUUAAUUUAAAUAUUUUGCAAAUAAAGCCUUAUAUGUAGGUGAGAAUUAGGAUGAAAUUAAUUCUGCUAGAGUUGACUAAACUGUCAUAUGGGAAUAUACAUCUAGGACAAGUGAAGAAACAUAAGAAGAAAAAAAAAUAGUAAUUGAAGAAAAUAAAAUAACAAGACCUAACUAUGCAGAUGGCAUAAGGACUCUAAAAUUGUUUGAGAACAGAAUUUAAGAUUUGGAAGAUAUAAAAUUAGAUUUUUCAGAAUAAGAGGAAGAACAACACUCAAGUGUAUUUUAAAGAAAUUAAGAUGGUCAAGAUGAAAAAGAUUAUGGUUAAUAAAAUAAUAUUUUUCGUAAUCGAAAAGCCUUAAAUUUAGCCCUUAAUAAUUAAUAAGUUCCAAAAAUUAUGGUAUAUUUGAGUUGGAUGAUAAAUAUUUUAGUUUUAAGUGUUUUAUGUUUAUCUUUUACUUCAUAUUUUCUGGGUUUGUUUUUAUUUUAAAACAUUUAAGAUUCAUUAAAUUUAUUAGCUUAUGCCACAACAAGAAAUUUAGAAUGCAAUUAGAUUAUUAUGAAUAUCUAGAAUUUAUAAAUGCUUAAUCUUGGUAUUUGGAAUUUAACAGAAAUUGAAGCUAAAAACUAUGAAAUUUAAUAAAGAAGUGAAUUGAAUGAAUCCAUUUUAAUAUUAACAUAAGCCAAUAAAUAAUUAAUGUUAUCAGAUAUUUAUAUCAAUGAUUAAAUUCAAGAAUUACAUUCUUAAAGUGUUGUUAAUGUUAGAAUAACUAAAAAUAGUUAUUCUAAAUAUGAUCUUAUUGAAGCAACAUAAUAAAUUAUAAGUAAAGCUUUGAUAAUUAGAGAUAAGGAACUUUCUAAGAUUAAUAAAGAAGAUGAAGAUACAGGAUUUAUUUUAUAUAACCUAUUUAAUGAUAUUGUCUUUCAAUUAAGAAAUGAGACUGGUCAAUAUUCAUAUGGAUUAUAAGAUGUUGCAUAAGAUAAUAUUCUUAAAUUUUUUAUUAUAUUAAUAGUAGCUGGUUGCUCAUUUUUUAUAUUAUUGAUUUUCAUUUUAUUUUUCUUAAUGUAAAUAAAUUAAACUUAAGAAUAAAUACUUUAAUUAUUUAUUGAAAUACCUGAAAAAACUGUUAAAUAUUUGUAUAACAAAAGUGAAAAUUUUAUAUCUAAUUUAUAGAUUGGUGAAGAAGAGGAAAUAUCAUCAGAACUAAGUGAUGAAGAAAAUGAUGAAGCAAAAGAGUUAAAUAGGUCAUUAAAAUCAAAAAAAAGGAAAAAAUUAUUAAAAAAUAAGAAUUCUUUUUUUCGUGCCUAAUCAUUAUUAGCAAUUUUUCUUGUAUCUAUAUUUAUAGGAUAUUUCUUAUUAAAUUACUUUCUUAAUUAAGUUACUUAUAGUAAUUUAAAUCAACAAAUACCAGAAUUAAACAUUACAGCUAGAUCUGGGUCAUUUUAUAGAUAUGUAGAUAAUGCAGAAAGACAAUUAUUUUUAAGCAGAGAAGAUCCUAUUUUAUUGUAAGAUGCAUAUACUACAGUUAUCAAUAAUUUGUAAUAAAAUUAUGAUUUGGAUUCUUCUUUACAUUAAGAACAUGCUUAGAAUUCUGAAAUAUGUAAUCCAGAUUAUUAUGAUACAUUUGAAAAAAUGUUUAUGAUGAAUCCAUGUAGCAUUUUUAUAUCUCAAGGAUAUACAACUUUAGAAUAUUGUGAGACUUAUGCAAGUGGUUCAGUUUAAUAAGGAAUGGCAGUAGUAAUAGCAAGAUUUUUUGAAAAUGUAAGAUAUAUAAUGACAAUAUAUGAUGUGUUUUAUGGUCAUCCAGAAGUUAAUUUUACAGAAACAGCAAGAGGAUGGGGAGUGUUUAGAAAUAUUACUUAGAAUUCAGAUAAUGUAACCAAUUACAUUUAUAAUUUGAAUAAUUUUAAAUAGGCAUAAGAAGCUAGAUAAUUAUAGAGUAUUUUUAUUAAAGGUAUUUAAAUAAAUAAUGAUUUAUAGGAGCAUUUAUUUAUUUAGUAGAUUAAUAUAUUAAGGCAUUGAAGGAUGAUAUAAGUUUAACAUAGACUUAAUUAUUGGCAACAUUUAUUGUGUUUGAAGUGUUAAUAUUUUUAAUGUAUUUCAUAGGAUGGUAUCCAGCAUCUAUUAGAAUGACAAGAGAUAUUUGGAGAACAAAAGGAUUAAUAAUGAUGAUACCUUUAAAUGUUAUAUUAAAGAUUAAAUCAAUAAAAGAAAAAGUUGGAAAUUUGGUGCAAAAUUCAGAAUAGUGAAAAUUUUAUUUAUUAAUUUAACAAUGGAACUUAAAUCAAAUUUUGGCACUACAAAAGGUUCUUUAGAUUCUGAAAGGUCCAUUAUUGAUAAAAUGUAGACUGAACUAAAAGGAGUGUUCUUCCGUGUAAUCUAGCUAAUGUUAAAAGAUGAAGAAUAAUCAAUUCCUAUUACUUGUAUUGGGAUAUUGUUGUAAUACAUGCAGAUCACAUAUAUCAUAUUUAAUAGAUAGAUUUGGAAAGUAUGGCAAAAUGAGAUAUUAUCUAAACAGCUAAAUAAAAUCUUUGGGUAAUUACUUUUCUUAAAUUAGAUAUGUACUAUUGACACCAUAUUUUGAAACAGUAGGUUUUUCUGGAUUUGCAGCCAUGAUGUAUAUAUGUUUGGGUUUGAUCUUGUUUGCAUUGAUGCUUAUCUUUUUAUUAAGCUAUAGUAUCAAUAAAUCAAAGAGUUCAUUCACUUGGCCAAUUAUGCUUCUAAGGUUUUUGAUAAACAUAUUUCUACAAGCCUUGUACAUGCCUAUCAUUGAUUUGCUUCUAUCUAUGUUAGCAUGCUAGACUAAUCAAAAUGGUGUAUUCAAACAUUAGCUUUUUGAAAUAGAAUGUUGGUCUAAUAUUCACAUUGUACAUGCAAUAGUAGCAAUUUUUGGAACAAUACUAUUUUUUUUACUCUGCACAUUAUUUUCUUUAUUAUACUUUGAAUCAAGGUAUUAACCACAUGAUGCUUCAUCUAAAUUGUCAGGAAGAGCAAAUGCUAUUUUUUUGACUUACGAAUUGAUAAUGGUUAUUUGUUACACAUUUAUGAAUGGUAAGAAUUAUGAUUAUUUAAUCAUAUUAAUAAUGAUGGUAGGAAGUUUCACAAUUUUUUGGAAAAUUCAUGUUGAAGCUCCUUUCAAUAAUAUGUAUAUUUAAAAAGCUUGGUCAAUGUUGGUAGCUAUGAAUAUGUGGGGUGCAACUUUAUUGUGUUUUGCUAAAUUCUUAGAAGGAGUCCUAUUUUUUGGUACUGUUUAUGCUUGGUUAGCAGGCUUGCCAUUAAUGCUAAUUGCUAUCAUUAGAAGUGAAAAAUUGCAUUAUGAUUUACUAUUAUUGAAUCUUAAUAAAGUAUAAGAUCCAGAUUAAGUACUUAAUUAAACAAAUCAUUUAUUAAAAUUAUUUUAUAAAAGUCAACAAAAUUAAAAUUACUCUUUGUUGCUAGAUGGAUUCUUAGAAAUACACAAAGCUACAUGUACAAGAGAUGAUUGUUAUUUAAAAUAAAAGAAAUUAAUUAAUUAGAGAUAACAAAAACCCCUAUUUAAAGAAGGAUCUGUAACCGAAAGAGAUGUUGACCUUUUAAUGGUACUGGGAUAGAUCUAUUUUAAUCAAAUCAAGAAAUUUCCAAAUGAAAUCUGUAUCCGUAUAAGAUAUUCAUUUUUCUUACUUGAUAACAUGAAAUAGAGAUAAUAAGCAUUAAAUGAAUUAAUAUAAUCAGAAACAUUAUGUCCUAGUUUAGAUAAUGAAUUUAUAAUAUUUAGAUAUAAAAAAUUAAUUGAAGAUGAAAUGAAUUAAGUAUAGAAUGAAAAUUUAGGUAAUUUAGAUGUUGCAACAGAAUUAGCAUUUUAAAAUCAUAUGAGAUCAUUUUAAAAUAAAAUUGAAAGAGCUACUCUUAUGCAUAUGGAUUUUUGGUCAUAAUUAUAAGAAGAUUCACCUGAUUUAGGUAAAAUGAAUGAUAUUGGUGCAAAAAUCAAUUUAGCAAUUAUUUAAGUUGAAGAAUUAUGGAAUAAAAUGUAAAAAAUGACUUAAAAUCUACCUAAAGCUAUGAGAUUAUAUGCUAAAUUUAUUUAAGAAGUAUUAUAAGAUAAAGAUUAUGGAGAAGAAUUAUUAGAAAAAUCUAAAAAUUUAUAGACUUAGAAUAACAAAAUGAAAAAUAAAUAAACAAUAUCUUUAAUUAGCAGUGAGGAUAUUGGAUAUGAGUCAUAACCUACUCUAAUGGUAUCUACAGCUUAAGAAAAGUUUGCUUAGAUUACAAAUUUGAAUUUAGCAUGCUGCAAUUUAUUUGGUUAUAAUAAAUCAGAGAUGAUUAAUCGUAAGAUUAAUAUAUUUAUGCCAAACUUGUAUUCAAAAUUUCAUGAUGCUCAUAUUGAGAAUUUCUUAUCAUCAAAUGAUAAUAAAAAUAUUAAUAGGGAGAGAUUAGUAUAUAUAAAGAUGAAAUCUAAUUAUAUCUUACCCUGCUACAUUUACUUGAAAGUUCUUUAGUCAAUAGAUGAUAAUGUGCAAUUAGCAGCUUAAUUUCGAAUACCAAAAUCUUUUAAACCUUCAUGCUAUCUGAUAUUAGAUAGUGAAGAAGUCAUAGAUUCAAUUUCAUCCUCUUGUAUUCCUUUACUGAACAUUGAUUCAAAAUAGAUUUCACAUAAAAAAACACCAAUCACAGAUAUAUUACCAAAUUAUAUGCGAUUAAAGUAAUUAUUUUUAUCAAAGGUUGGAGGUCCAAUCGUUUUUAAUCCUGCUACCUAAUCAGGGGUAAGUUAUAGUUAAUAGGCCUCUUAAGAAUUAGAAGAUUAAGAUAAGAAAGAUGAUAAUAUGUAGUUUUAAUGUUUUACUUAUGAAAUAAUGAAUGAAAACUAAGAUUAAGUUGUUGGAUAUAUUGUUAAAUUAGAGUAAUAAGGGAUAGAUAAUAGUAUGAAUUUAGAAGUCAAUAAUUUAUAAUAGAAAGUACUUGGUAAUAGCAUGUAAUUUAAAUAUAAUCCUUCAAAAGCUCAAUAUUUAGGUGAGUUUGUUGCUGAUACAAAUUCAUAAAGGGUAGAUUAGACUAUUCUUUGGGAUUAAAAUGAUCAAUCAUCAAUGAUUUCUUCAGUAUAAGGGGGUGUUGAAAUUCUUAAAUCUCAAGUGAAAACAGAAAAAUCAGAUGAAUAAAAUAUAUUAUAGCAAAUUAAAAUUAAUUAUGCAGAUGGAAUCAAGACUUUAAGAUUAUUUGAGAAUCGAAUCCAAGACAUAGAUGAUAGAGAAGAAAUGAUAUCAGAAGAAGAUGAUUAAUAAGGGAAGAGUGUCUUUUAAAGAUAGUAAGAUAUAGAUAAUGAUUAAGAAGGAUAAUAGCAAGAUUUUAAUAAUGUUUUUAGAUCUAGAAAAAAUUUAUCACUUGUAGUAAAUAGUCAAGUUACACCUCCUGUUGUUAUAAAAUUAAGUUGGACUGCAAAUAUUUUAAUACUUUUAUUAGUAGCAUUGAGUUUUGGAGAUUUCUUUGUUUGUUAAGCAUAAUAUGAUGAAAUAUUUAAUACAAUUUUAUUAGUAGAAGAUACUAAUUUAAGAAAUGCUGAAUUGCUUACAAUAUUAUCUUCAGUUCAAAAUUUAUAGAUGUUGAAUUUAAAUAUUUGGUAGUUAAAUAGCAGUGCAGAUAUUAAUGAAUAUGAAUAAAUAGAAAAAUAAAAAUUAAAUAAAUCUAUAUAGUAGGUUUCAUUAUUAAAUAAAAAUUUAAUGUUGUCUGAUAUCUUUAUAAGUAAUGAAUUAAAUGAAUUACAGAGUGAAAAUGUUAUAAAAAUGAAAUUUGGGAAUGAAUACUAAAAUUAUGAUAUAAUGGAAGCUACUUAAUAAAUAGUAAGUAAAGCAUUAAAUGUGAGGGAUAAAGAUUUAAAUCUAAUUAUUUAUGAAGAUAAUGAUGUUCAAUUUAUUAUAUUUAAUCUCCUCAAUGACCUAGUAUUUUAAUUAAGAAAUUCAAGUGAUUUAUAUGCUAUAGGUUUAACCAAUAAAACAACAGAAAAGAAAGAGACAUUGUUAAUAAUCUUAGGUAUAUCAGCUGGAGCUUUGGGUUUGGGUUUGAUUUUAUUGACAAUCAUAACAUUAUCUGUCAAUAAAACAUAAGAAGAAAUAUUAUCAAUGUUCUUAGAUAUACCAGACAAGACAGUUAAGUAUUUAUAUAACAAGAGUGAGAAUUUUAUAUCAAAUUUAUAAAUUGGAGAAGAAGAUGAAGUAUUAUCAGAAUUAGAAGAACUUGAAAAAGAGGAAUAAGAAGAACUUAAUAGAACAUUAAAAAGUAAAAGGAAAAAGAAAAAGUUUAAAAAUACUAAUAAAGAUUAACGCAAUUAUAUUUUUGCAUUCUUUUUAAUUAUUUUAAUUUUACAAGCUUAUUUCAUUUUUAACUAUUUUAUGUCAGAUAUUCUUUUAAGUAAUUUAGCUUAACUUGUACCAGAAAUAAAUGCAACUUGUAGAGCAGAAAGUUUCUAUAGAUUUGUUGAUAAUGCAGAAAGAUCACUUUAUCUUAAUAGAAAUAUGACACUUUUGAAUGAGGAUUCCUACACAAUUGUCAAAUAAAAUAUUGAUAAAUUAUAUGCCUUAGAUUCUUCUCUUCAUUAAGAACACUCACUCAAUGUAGAUAUAACUAAUUCAAUAUAUUCUGAUGCUUUUAAGCAAAUGUUUAUGCUUUAACCAUGUACAAUCUUAUCUUAAGAAAUGAAUGAAAUGACAGAGACUGAAUGUUAAACUUUUGCUGAUGGUGCUAUGUAUUAAGGAAUGGCAGUUGGAGUAGCACGUUAUUUCGAGAAUAUUCGAUAUAUCAUGACAAUCUAUGAUUAAUUUUGGGAUAAUCCAAAAGCCAAUUUUACAGCUAUUGCUAGAGGUUUCACAAAAUUUAAAAAUAUUACUAUGGAUUCAGAUAAUGUUAGGAAUAACAUACUUAAUCUAAAUAACUUCAAUUAAUCUUUAGAAACAAGAGUUAUUUAAGAAACUUACAAUAGAGGUAUUUUUAUAUAUUUACUAAAUUUAGGUACAUUUAGGUAUUUAUUGUAAUAAAUGUAAUUAGCCAUUGAA